AUGACGUGCCGCCCAUCGCUUCCUACAUCUGCGUACCCGGGCCUUCCUCUCGGCUCUGCCUCUAUCUACACCGCCGGACCCGGUGUACACAUCCACGAUGGCCAAAUUGUCGCUUCCCUCCUCGGCACCCCCACAAUCCUCUCUCCCGCAGAACAUCCAAAAACUUCAAACAGUAAACCCAUCAUAACGAUCCCCCGCCUUCUCCCUUCACCAGUUUACGGCACCACGUCCUCGGCCCACGUAAGCAACACAAAUGUCCUCCCAGCCGUCGGCUCUCUAGUCCUAGCCCGCGUCCUCCGCGUCCGCCAACGCCAAGUCGAUCUCGGCAUCCUCUGUGUUUCGCUUGCCCCCACCAACCCCGUCCCCGCCGUCCACGACUCUCACACUGACAACGACGACGACUACUACUACGACAACUCCCGCUUCCAUGUCUGUAGCGACGCCUACCCGGCCACCAUCCGGCGCGAAGACAUCCGGGCCACAGAAAAAGACAAGAUUGUCUGUUCUGAGAUGUUUCGGCCGGGUGAUGUGGUGAAAGGCGAAGUCAUCAGUCUGGGGGAUAGUGCGAAUUAUUAUGUGCAUACAGGGAGGAAUGAGUUGGGGGUGGUGAUGGCGAGGAGUGAGAGGACGGGUGGGACGAUGGCGCCGGUCAGUUGGAAGGAGUUUGAGGAGAUCAGGGAUGAAGGGGAGGGGCUUGGUAGGAGGAUCAGGGAGGGGAGAAAAGUUGCUAAGCCGUUCUGA